UAGACUAACGUUUUAGUUUUGCCUCCAAAAAUUUUGACCACUUUUUAGUUUCCCACCACACCCCAUUACAUUUCAGCAAACCCUUCUAAUCUGUAGAGAGACCGUGGGCUUCACUCCUAGCACGAAAAUCUAGAGAGACCGUGGGCUCAUUCUUGCCGGCGUUGGAGCUGCUCGAAGUCGUUCACUCCAUUGUCAUCUUCACUAGGAGAAAAGUUCAAGAACCUCCAUUGUUAAUCAAGGAUCAAGAGGAGAGGGCAAAUAGGAGUUCGUUCGUCCAAGUUGUGCAAGGCAUACAUCGUCCACCAAAUUCAUGGGAAAUAUUUAAGAAGCUGCAUAAAAGAAAGGAUGGCAGCUUUGUUGAUUCCAAGUCUAAGAGCAUUAAUUGAUAAAUGUGUGUAGGAUGAAAUGGAGGCUAGGGUGGCUACUGCUAUUUCAGGCUCAUCAGAUGAUUCACCAGAAGUCCACGAACUCGAUGUAAAUCGCAUAUACUUAGAUGUUGUAGGUGGAGAGAAAAAACGACGUGUGUAUGGAUUGGGCUCUCAAGCUUUGAGUUUGUAUCAAGACUGCAAUUCUGCUACUUCACAGAAUUUGUCUGCGGUGACUGAUCGUGCUGCUGAAGAAUGCUUCAAACUUCUUGAGGAAGAGAAGUUGCGUAUGAGAGAAAAUCAAGAGAGAAUUCUUCAAGAGCGUGUAGAGGCGAAGGUGCAACGUCUUGACGCGGAGGUGAAACAACAUGCAGAGCAGGAAGUAUCACGUUUGACACAAGAAAGUGAUGAUCGGUUUAAGUCUAUGGAGGAUCGAUGGUUUCGCAUGAUGAGCGAGAUGGCGCUAUAUUCUCGAUCAUCUGGUGAUCCUACUCUUUCUAAAUAGGGACUGACCAAAUGCUUAAGUGUUUAACAUUUUGAGAUUUUAGUUACCCGAAAACUCUUUUAACGUUGUCAAGACUUUUGUUAGUUGGAUGCUUUGUAAGUUUUAAUAUUUGUAGACUUUUGCUUAUUGAAGUUGUGUUUUUGCACGUUUUAA